ACACCCUUUACUCUUCGAUCGUCGAUCUUUCAUCACUUCAACAAGCUCAUCUUCCGUAGGGUUCCAUAGUCAAACUCGUUGACCCCUCCACCAGAGACACAAAGGAUAUGGCGAAUCAAGGGGCUAAGAAGCGCAAAGAAGAGAACGCUCGCCACAUGGCCAAUCUCCGCCGCCUCAUCAUUGCCUGCAAUGUUGUAUACGUCUUGGUUAGGCUGUUGAUCUUCCACUCCUCAUUCACAUGGAAACAUUGGGUUGGUCUACUGUUGACAUCUGCAGCUUACUUCAUACCCUAUAAACAAAUUGCCCAGAUGGCAAUGCCUGCUUAUUCCGAAGAUGGAGAGCUUCUUGAUGGUGGAUUUGAUAUGAGUACCGGUGGAAUAUGUGGAUAUUUACAUGACGUAAUCUACAUCACAAGUUUUGUGCAACUGAUGUCCAUCAUCUCUGACAAGUUUUGGUAUACAUAUCUUGUGAUACCAGCAUUUGGAGCAUACAAAUCUUUUGGGUUCAUUAGAGGGUUUUUAUCAUCAGGCAGGCUCAGAGGGAGAGGUUGAGGAUGAAAAGACUCGCAAAAAAAGGGAAAAGAUGGAGAAGAAGGCUUCAAGGCCAAAGUUUGUCAAGACAAGGAAUAGGUGAGUUUAUCACUGAAAUGAAACAAACUGAAAGUAGUUCACUUGAAAAUUUUCUGAUGUUGCUUUCGAAUUUUAAAGGUUACACCACACAGUUUGUAUUAAGUUCGAGGAAAGCAUGUUGUAUUGGUUGAAGUGAACAUGAAAUAGUGAUGUUCUUGAUGAAAAGGAAAACUGAGAAGUUUUAUUUAACUUCCAUGCCCCUAAUUCAUUUGGCUAAAUUUUCUUGCAACUAGCUGGGAAAUGAAAGGAUACGAAGAGGCUGAUUUAGUUGAUGCUUUUGAAACAUAAGUACUUGAGUAC